CUUGUUGUUAAUCACCCAGGGUGUGUGUAAACACUUGUAAGUCUUGUAUCCUUCUAAGAAUAAACUAUAACUGCGUUACCUCAUUCCUGUCAAGACGUGCUACACAAACGAAGACGUUCAAAUCAUGAAAUUUAACUUGAUUAUACUAUUCCUAGCAUGUUUGGGGUCAUUGGCGAAGAUUCACGGCUCUGUCGGCCCCAGUCCAACGAUUUAUGUUCAAGUUCAACUCAGUUUUACUGACCUCACAAAUGAAGAUGUCAUACCAGCUAUAAAUGUGACUGCGGCACAGGGAACAACAGCUUUUCAAUUUCUCCAGCUUGCCUCCGAUCAAAACCCAUGUUAUCUAUUUCAAUACAUAACAUACCCGAGUCUUGGUCAUUACAUAACCACCAUAUGCUGUGUAGAACAAAACACAACAUCAAAGUUCUACUGGUUCGUCUACAUCAAUAACACCCAAUCUCCCGUUGGAGUUGAUCUUAUAAAGCCAAAUAAUGGAGAUGUCCUUAAAUUUGAGUACCGGUUUAUAAACUCUACUGGUGGUUCUCAUUCUAAUACAACUUCUGCAGGAGCUGAUAACGCUACUGCAACGGUUUCCGUUUCUGUCAAACUUACAUUCAACAAUUAUCCAGACCCAAAUGUUUUACCUCCACAACAAAUCGUAGCUCCAAAUGGAACGACAGCCUUUGAAUUCCUUCAACUCGCCUCACAGAUCAACCCGUGUUAUAUUUUCAACUACACGACGUUCAGUUUUGGCCGUUACAUUACCACAAUAUGUUGCGUUGAAGAAAAUGUAUCUACGAAUUAUUAUUGGUUUAUUUACUUAAAUGGUCAACUUUCCCCAGUCGGUGCUGAUUUACUCAAACCAAAAAAUGGAGAUACCCUGAAGUAUGAGUACCGAUUAUGGAGGAACCUUAAUCAUACAUUGCCCACCAACAGCACAAAAGCAGCAACAACAUCAGGAGAAGGGGGCACGAUGCUCUCUCAAAGCUUAAACAUAUUAUUGUUGAUAAUUAUUGGGAACCUUGCCCGAGAUUGCUGUUAUCAUAUCCUGUGAAGCGCGAACGAAUGAUAGUGUGAACCUGUACGGAUGAAUUUAUGGUCAUUUUUGAUAGAUGUUUAAUUUGAGGAGUUUUUUGAGAUUUAAGAUGCGAUGUAUUUUUUAUUGUCUUUUCGGUCAAUUGUGACAUUUAAGUGUGUUAUAUGAAUCAUAAUCAUAUGUACCUAUACAGAAUGAAAAUAAAUAAUCUUGCGGAUGGCUUUAAUUAAUUCAAAGUCUUCAAUAUUGUAUCGGAGAACAAGAAAUACGGCGCUCUACUAAGCGUUGACAAGGACCAAACCAUUUGCGACAUUUUCCUAGACUAUAAGAAAGGUGGUGGUCUUGGACUAAAUUUUGCCGUAUUUUUAAUUUUAGUACAUUUGUGUCCUAAACAGGAUUGCUGCUCUUUAAAACCACAGUGGACCAAUAAUUGUGGCGCGCGUGUGUAAAGCAGUAUGCACCAGUGAACGCAAAUGAAAUUGGAACGAUAACUCUACAGGAUGUAUCGAAAAAAGGCAACCACCACUUAAUAUUAUAAACAUACUUUUUUUUUAAGCACAAUUUUAGGCCUGAGAAAUCGGGACUGCAGUGGCUUGUCAGCCAUGUCUUUGUGUUGAAGAACGAGUAUUGUCCAAUUCCAAUACUCCAGCAAGCAUACCGGUGGUUAGUUUGCUAAAAUUACUCCUGCCACUAGUGUCCGUCGUACCGAUGGAGAAUUGAAUAUAUGAUCGGUAAAGAGAUAUUGUCCAUCGGUGCUGAUGGAGAAUGUAGGAUCGAGGGUAAUUAAUUAUCAUAGAUUAUGCAAAUCCCGGAUGUACAAUUUGUUUUUCCAUGUGCUUGGACGCCUUUUUGUACAUGGAUCCUUUUUGAUAGCAAAU